UUCAAAGAAUGAAAACCCUCAAUCGCCAUGGCACUGCCUUCAUCUUCAUCUUCAUAUUCUAUCUCAUCUUCUACCCUUUUCUCUCUGUAGCCAUUGACACCAUCACCCCCACACAACCCCUCACCAUGAAUCAAACUCUUGUCUCUAAUGGUCAAGUCUUCGAGUUGGGUUUCUUCAAUACAAGCAAUAAUUUUUACAUCGGAAUUUGGUAUAACCAAAUUCAGCCGAGAACGAUUGUUUGGGUAGCUAACAGAGACACCCCCAUUAAUUCAUCCACCGGGAAACUAACCAUCAUCGACAACGGCAACUUGAUGCUCGUAGAUAAAGCAGACACCGCAGUCUGGUCGUCAAAUCAAUCUACACCGAUGGUGAAGACGGUGGCGCAGCUUUUGGACAACGGUAACUUUGUGCUUCGUCCGGAAAACGAUGAGAAUCCAGAGAAUUAUAUUUGGCAAAGCUUUGAUUAUCCGACUGAUACUCAAUUACCUGGGAUGAAACUUGGGUGGGACAGGAAAUCUGGAAUUAAUCGGGUUCUCCGGUCGUGGAAGACAAACGAAGAUCCGGCGACCGGUGAUUACUCUUAUCAAGUGAAUAUGAUUGGAUUCCGGGAGCUUUUGUUACUGAACAACGACGGAAAAAUAAUCUGGCGGACUGGGCCGUGGAACGGGAGAAAGUUUAGCGGUGUACCGGGGAUGAAAACGGUGAGUAUAAUGCAGUUUGAAUUUGAGGAGAACUCCGAGGAGAUAAUUUAUUCAUUUGAAAUGCUGAAUGCUUCUCUUUAUUCACGUGUGGUUAUGAAUUCUUCUGGUAUUGCUCAAAGAUUCGUUUGGGCUGAAACAACGAAAACAUGGAAUGUAUUCUGGUCUUUCCCUGAUGAUUAUUGCGAUAAGUUUGGUGAAUGUGGUUCGUUUGGGUUUUGUGACGCAAACACUGCGCCGAUGUGCAAUUGCAUGACACCCGGAUUCGAACCGAAAAACAAACAAGCAUGGGAUUUUCGAGAUGGGUCGGAUGGGUGUGUUCGGAAUCGGAGCUCCAAAUUGGAUUGUGGGUCGGAUGGAUUUCUGCCAUUGAAGAACAUGAAAUUGCCGGAGAGUUCGAAAGCUUUUGUAGAUCAGACGAAGAAUUUGAGCGAGUGUGGUGAGAUUUGCAAAAAGAAAUGUUCUUGUGCAGCUUAUGCUAAUAUGGAUGUCACUGAAGGCGGGUCGGGUUGUCUGAUUUGGGAAAUGGAUCUGGUCGAUAUGAGGCGAUAUGCUGAUUCUGAAAUUGGUGGACAGGAUUUUUACGUUAGAGUUGCAGCUUCUAACUUGGGCGAAUCACCGAUGACUAAAAGUUCUAAAAAUAGCUCCAGCAGCAACAACAAAGUUGUCAAACUUGUCGGCAUUACCAUCGGUUCUUGUGUGGUGCUGAUAUUUCUAAUUAUACUCUUUCACUUGAUGAGGAAGAAACUACAAAGGUUGAAAAAACUAGAGUCAGAUAUACCAGCUCCAGAAAAACGAGUCAAAGAUUUCAUAUUAAAAGAUGGGGUGGUGGUGCCAAAUAAAAGAGAUUAUUAUGGUGAAACAAAGACAGAUGAACUUGAGUUACCUUUGUUCGAUUUUAUGACACUUGUUAUGGCUACAAACAACUUCUCGAACUCAAGUAAACUUGGGCAAGGCGGAUUCGGGUGUGUUUAUAAGGGUACAUUAAAGGAAGGUGAAGUUGUAGCAGUAAAAAGGCUCUCAAGAAUUUCUGAACAAGGGAUUGAAGAACUUAAAAACGAGGUUCAAUUAAUCGCAAAACUCCAACAUCGGAACCUUGUUCGAGUAUUAGGUUGUUGCAUUGAAGCCGAAGAGAAGUUAUUGGUUUAUGAGUUCAUGGAAAAUAAAAGUCUCGAUAUGUUCCUUUUUGACAAAGAGAAAAAUGUGACACUCAGUUGGAAAAUCAGACUCGAGAUCAUAUGUGGGAUUGCUCGAGGGAUUCUUUAUCUUCAUCAAGAUUCAAGAUUUAAGGUCAUUCACCGGGAUCUAAAAGCUAGUAAUAUUUUGCUCGAUAGACAAAUGAACGCGAAGAUAUCUGAUUUUGGUAUGGCACGGAUUUUUGGGGGUGAUCAAAAUGUAGCGAAAACAAAGAAAGUGGUUGGAACAUACGGUUAUAUGUCACCUGAAUAUGCAAUGGAUGGACAUUUUUCAACAAAAUCAGAUGUGUUCAGUUUUGGAGUUUUGGUUCUCGAGAUAAUAAGCGGUAAAAAGAACACCGGAUCAUGUUAUACAAGUAGUCAACACAACCUUCUUAGACAAACAUGGACGUUAUGGAAUGAAGGCAAGGCUUUAGAACUACUAGAUGAAUCUAUCAGGGCCAAUAUUUUUGAGAACGAAGUAUUAAGAUGCAUACAAAUUGGAUUGUUAUGUGUUCAAGAACAUCCAGAAGAUAGACCUAACAUGUCAAAUAUAUUGUUGCUACUGUCUAGUGAAAUCGCACAAAUAUCACUACCAAAAUAUCCUGGAUUCUUUAUUAGAAAAAGGAACACUGAAACGGAAUUUUCAAGAAUACAAGAUGAUUUAAGGAGCAUAAACGAAAUCACAGUAUCAAUAUUACAUGGUAGAUAGUGAAAGUAGGUUAGGAACAAUCUACAUUUGUACAACAGUUUAUUCUAUUUCUUUAUUACUUUUGCUUUAUUAAAUAUCUUAUUACAAGAAAGUGGAGAUUAUG